GAAUAUAACAAAAGAAGGGAAGCUCAAUUAAUUCAAGCGGAAUCAAUUAGACAACAAGAAGAUUUAGCAAGAAGAAAAAUGAUUGCAAAUGAUAAUCGAGUUUUUCAUAAUACAAGGGGAGUAUUGGUUGAUUCUAAUCAAAUAAUGGAUCCGUUAAAGCAUCAACCAAAGGGUAGACCCGCAACGAAGCGGUUAAAAUCAUCUUUUGAAAAAUCAGGUUCAAAUAAAGUCAAAAAUGGGAGUGAACAAGCAAUUUCUGGUGAUAAAGGUCGUAAGUGUGGUUUAUGUGGAGAAAACGGUCAUUAUCGUAAUACUUGUUCAAAACAAUAA